AUGUUGGAUCUUGAAGUUUGUGAUAUUGCAUUGUCUCAUGACAGCAAUUGGGCAGUUAGUAUUACACAUGUAGGACAUAAAUUUGAAGGUGGAAUUAUUGAAUUUCGUAAUGCAUUGUCGAAGUUUUCUAUUGAGUGCGGAUUUGAGUUCAUAUUUGUUAAGAAUGAUAAAGUUCGUGUUACCGCACAAUGUUUGUUUAGAGAGACAAAAGGUUAUAUGUGGAAUGUUCAUGGUAGAGUGGAGAAUGCUAAUGGGUUCUUUUAUGUAAGGAAGUUGAACAAUGUCCACACAUGUGGUGCUGAAGAUUUUAAGUUGAGGUAUGGGCUGAGAGUUAGUUAUCGUCAAGCUUGGUUGGAGGUAGAGAAAGCAAAAUGUGAGAUUUUUGGAGACUACUUAAUGUCAUUUGACCAGUUAAGAUGGUAUGUGGAUGUUGCAAAGAGUUGCAAUCUAGGAAGUUACAUUGAGUUUGAGUGUGACGAUGAUACUAAACAGUUUAAGAGAUUAUAUGUUUCUUUUAAUGGUUCCAUUAGUGGAUUUGAUUAUUGUCGACCUCUCUUAUUCCUUGAUGGCACAUUUUUGAAGGGAAGAUUUAGAGGAAAUUUACUUGCUGUUACAGGAAAAGAUGGAAAUCAAGGGUUCUUUCCUGUUUGUUUUGCAGUUGUUGGCUCAGAGAAUCAAGAUAACUGGCAUUGGUUUUUGGAGCAUUUGAGUAGAAUUAUGAACUUGAGACAUCAUUUGCGUGGUAUGUUUCAUGGGUUGAAAGAAAAACUAAUCACUUUGUUUGGGAAAUGUACAUAUGCUCCAACUGAAGAAACAUUUCAUCAAUGUUUGGUUGAGUUAAAGACUGAAGGUGGGUUAAGAGUUAAAAAGUUUUUAGAUGACAUACCAUAUGAUCAUUGGAGUAAUGCAUAUUUUCGAGGGCAACGUUUUGGAGAGAUAUGGCCAAAUGUAGCUGAAUCUUUCAAUUCGUGGAUAUGA